AUUAAAGUUUACCUUUGUUUCUUGCUCUUAACCGUCGAGACCCCAAGACUGGCAACCACAGUGGCACUGUGUUGGUUUCAGUUUCGCGGGUAACCCUAGAAUUGGGAAUCGGAGGGAAAAAUCUGCAGAAAGCAGCGAACUUUAACCUCGUGUCGAAUCGAUCUCUUGGCCUAGUAGGCGGGUGAAGAGAAGAGGAAGAGACAGCCAUGGAUGCGAUGAGGAAACAGCUGGAUGUGCUCAUGGGUGCCAACCGGAACGGCGACGUCAGAGAGGUGAAUCGGAAGUACUACGAUCGUGAUGUUUGCCGGAUGUACUUGGUCGGCCUAUGUCCCCACGAGCUCUUCCAGCUGACGAAAAUGGAUAUGGGUCCUUGCCCAAAAGCUCACUCGUUGCAGCUGCGGAAAGAAUAUGAAGAAGCGAGGGCAAAAGGUGUUGAUAGUUAUGACAGAGAGCUGGAGGAUGUAAUAGAUAGACUCAUCGUUGAGUGUGACAAGAAGAUUGGUAGAGCUCUCAAACGUCUUGACGAUGAUGAUGCAAAGGCUGCCAUUGCAAUAUCAGUUACUGAGGUUACUCAGACUGAAGAGUUGAAUGAGUUGUCUAAGCAGAUUAAGGAAAAACUGAAAGAUGUUGAUAAAUAUGAUCUUGAAGGUAAGACAGAUUUCAAAAUCCAAACUCUAGAAGAAGUUGAAAAACUCAGAACUGAAAGAGCCGAGAAGCAGUCUGCACUUCUUCUGGAAGCUUUUAAUAAAGACAGGGCAUCAUUACCCCAGCCCCUGCCUAAUCUUCCACCACCUCCUCCAUUGCCUGCUCCAGCUCCAGAUGCACGUACUCAAGAAAUGAUAAACGAGAAGCUUAAGAAAGCCGAGGAUCUUGGUGAGCAAGGAAUGGUAGAUGAGGCCCAGAAAGCAUUAGAAGAGGCUGAAGCACUGAAGAAGCUGCCUGCCAGGCAGGAGCCUGCAGUAGACAGCACCAAGUAUACUGCUGCAGAUGUGCGCAUUACUGAUCAGAAGCUGCGUGUUUGUGACAUCUGCGGAGCAUUUUUGAGCGUUUAUGAUAGCAGGCUUUUGGGCCCAGUUUUACGAGGCAUACUUUUGCAGCUAAAGAAUUGAUCGACGCUUAGCUGAUCAUUUUGGAGGCAAGCUACAUCUUGGCUAUAUGCAAAUCCGUGAAAAAAUUGCUGAGCUUCAGGUAUGGGAAAGAUGAAAUCAGUACUUCAUUAGUUCAUUUCAUCCAAGUUUUUUUUAUUUCCAUCUUUUCUUAGUAAAUUUGCUCAUCAUUAUAUUCACGUUUGUUGUAACUUGCUCAUUUCUUAUAAAUUCCCAAGUUCUUUGCUCUUAAAAUAUUUAGCAUAGUUUUGAUGAAGGGAUAAAUUUGUUUUUCUUUCUAUUCACGCCUUGACGAUGUCCUUAAAGUUGGUAUUGUGGAUAUGUUGGUUCAGGUGCUGGUAUAAUGUUUCAAAUUCUUCUGUAGAGAUACUCAGUUAGUAUUCGAUCUGAAGAACGAACCAAAGUCCGGAAAGUUGAGCAUCCGGAGGAACAAAGAUCGAAAGAUCGAAGUAAGGAGCCUGAUAGAGAACCGAGUAGGGAUCGGGACAACAGGGCGAAUAGCCGCGAUAGGGGUGGCAGGGACUAUGACCGUAGUAGGAGCAGCAGGGAUCGUGACAGGUACCACGAUCGAGAUCAUCAUGGCUACGACCGUGAUCGGGAACGUGACAGGUUAUGACAGAAGUCGCAGAAGGUCACGAUCUCGUUCUAAGGAACGAAGCUCGAGGGAUUAUGACCGCCACAGGCGCCAUGAUCGGUACUAGAACUAUCAUGCAACUGCAGAGAUCGGUUGCUGUGUUUGGCUGUUGCAUUAGGAGUGUUUGUGAACGCUGAGGGAAAAGGCUUGAUGUUCUUGUUUGUGUUGGCUGUUGGUUGAAGGGUGGCAGUGACCGACUGCUAGAUGUUUAUUUCAUCCGCAGAUUGGACUUUGCGGGUUUUAAUUUGUACCAAGCGAAGAUGAUAGUUUUGUACUGUACAAGUUUUUUUUCGUAAGUCUCCCCAAGAAAUAUAUUUUCUUCUCAAGUUUCUGUUGUGUUGGUGGUGGACUUGCACAAUGGCACAAUGCUGCUUGGGUAUGGAAGAAUUGGUGCAUGUUAAACUAAUUAUGUAGUUCAAAACUUCAAAUGAAACUGCCUACUUUCCUCUUUGUUUCUUUUAUAUUGAUAAUGAUAGUACCCAAUCCUUCGGUGUG